UCUUGUGUUUUAUCUGUUAAACAAUUUCAACAGACAAAACCAACAAUGAACCAGGAAUCAGACGAAAAAUAACUUGGAUUUGCUUUGUUUCACUCUAAAAAGUACUCAAUUAGAGUUCACCACCAAAAACUGCAUACUUGGCUCUUGACGUGGCUAGAUGUUUGUGGCUAGUUUUAAGCUAUAGUAUAAUAUUGGUAUAAGCUCUUUAUAGAAAUAUAAAUAAAGUUAACAAUUUGGCAAAUUUGUCGACCACCAGCCCAUUUAAGGUCCUGGCGUGAUUUACUGUGAUUACAUUUACAUAGAGGUUGAGUAGACUAUAUGCAGAUUUUUAAAAGUUCUUCACAGCCACUAGAACAUGGGUUCAGCUUUAGGUUAGGUGUUUGUCGCUCUAAGAUUAGGUUAGCAUUAUGGGAUACAGCGGGGCAGGAGGACUUCGAUAGACUUCGCCAUAUCUCCUAUCCAAACACAGACGUCAUACUGAUGUGCUUCUCUGUAGAAAGCCGCGUCAGUUUUGAAAAUGUUCUAUCGAAAUGGACACCAGAAGUCAAACGUUUCUGCUCUAAAGUUCCAAUUAUUCUAGUAGGCAACAAAAAAGACAUUAGAGAUGACCUGGGUACAUUAAAAGAGAUAAAAGGAAACAUUAAAGAACCUGUCAAUUCCAAAGAGGGCCAGGCGAUGGCCGAUCAAAUCCACGCUUUCGCCUACCUCGAGUGCUCAGCUCAAACAAAGGAGGGAGUGAUGGAGGUGUUCCAAACAGCCACUGGGGCAGCCCUGCAGGUCAGAAAGAAAACGGAAAAAGAAAAGAAGGACAGGAAGUGUUUAUUGCUAUAAGAGUAAAGAAUAUUGGUUCUUAUAUCUUUUUUACGAUCCGUUAUGUUUUUGUGAUCUGAGUCUUGAUAGUUUAGUGAUAUUAGGGUUCGAAGCAAAAAUUACCUUGUCAAUUUUGUCUUAGGAGAUUUACUUGACAGCAAAAUUUUUCUUAAAGUUGAUAUGUAUGACCUGAAAAACCGUAAAUACGAUGUAUUGUAUCAACUUUGUGUUACUUAUUCUUUAAUUAGAAAAAAGAUGAAACUGAGUUGUUUAAUGCUGAAAAAAUAUACGCGGUCAACUAAAAUUACAAAUACAUGAAAAUGUAAGAAAAGUUUAAAGUAAAAUAUUAUGAAACCGAUUUAUUAGGGUCCUGAUCUGCGGGCGACCUAUUGUGAUCUGUCUGCCUGUCUGUUCAUCCGUCUUUCCGUCUGUCUGCCCAUCCGCGAUCACAUCUCCGGGGCAUACCUUCUCUUCCCUUGAUCCAAUCUGGCCCAUACGUUACCCACAGAGGAUGUUGGCCAAUGUCAGAGCAACAUCAUCUGAUAUGUUUUCCAUUACUGAAUACGUUACUUGCUUGAACUUUAAAUAAAUCUUUAAGGAAGAUGUUUAUUUAGCAAUCAGCUUUGAAAAUUAAAAAGUUCAACAAAAUGUUAGUUUAAUUUUAUUUUGAAAUCAAAACAGGUAUAAUGCUCCAUGAAAAUCGGACAACUUCGAUUUUCCUAGAUGACACAGCCAGAAAUCAUACUUUACUCUUAAGGAUCAAAACAUUGUGUGACUUUGGUACUUUGUGAUUUGUUGUGAAUGCAUUAUAAGUAAAGACUGGGUAUUCUCUAGGCUUAUUCCUUUUGAGUUCUCAGCAGCAGCUCAAGCAACGAGAGUUCUGAGACUUU